GAGGGGGGUACGAAGAGAGGGUCAGAGAGAGAGAGAGAGAGGGUGCAAACUGAGAACAACUUUUCCCCAUUGUUCGGUUUGGUGUUGUCAAUAGUUCAUUCGAGAUCCAGUGAUAGGCUAUGUUAUCAUUGAUGCAUUCCUGCAAUUAACAGAAGACCUCUCUUUCUCUCCAUUUGCUCAUUUCAGGCCAGGAAACUACACCAGUCUUUUUUGUCCUCCAGGAUGGACCAUGAGCGAAUGGGAGACCGGGGAAUGGGGGGCGUUCACCAUCGAUAUGAGGAGGAGGACCAGCAGAACAUCUACAUCGGUGUCCCGGUGCCUCGUGGGUACAGACGGAAGCGCCGGCGAAGACGUUCUGCAGGGGGCCAUGAGGCGGGGAACAUGGAGAGGAGGGACAGUCACUAUGACCAGCACAAACAACAUGACCACGAGCAUGAUGACAGGGACAGAUAUAGAGACAUAGACAUUGAGGAGGGACUCGUGGACCCACACGACAUCCAAGUCCCUCAAGACAUCAACCGCACAGUGUCCCCUGCAGCGGAGCGUCUCCGCUAUAUCCUGGGAGAGGAUGAUGACAUGCCCAACCCCACCCUCUUCACUGAGAUGGACACGCUGCAGCAGGACGGAGAUGAGCUGGAGUGGAAAGAGUCUGCUAGGUGGGUGAAGUUUGAGGAGAAGGUGGAGGACGGAGGAGAGAGGUGGAGCAAGCCCCAUGUGUCCACCCUGUCCCUGCACAGUCUGUUUGAGCUCAGGACCUGUCUACAGACCGGCACUGUGGUGCUGGAUCUGGAGGGAUACUCACUGCCUCAGAUAGUUGAUGAAAUCAUUGAGCGGCAGAUAGACGAGGGCAUGUUGUCUCCUGACCUGAGAGAGAAGAUCAGCUUUGUCCUCCUGAGGAAGCACAGGCACCAGACCAAAAAGCCCAUCCACCGCUCUCUGGCUGACAUGGGCAAGGCCAGCGGCGGUGGUGCCCCUCGUAGUCCAGGUGCAGCGGCCGCAUUCAACCGCUCCACAGAGGACCUCCGCAUGAAAUCAGGAGGCUACGGUCGUCUGCGUCAUGCCCAUAGUAGGAGUAUGAAUGACAUUGCAGACACUCUGAGCACAGACCAGCUAAGGAAUAAGUUCAUGAAAAAGAUCCCUAGAGAUGCUGAGGCAUCAAAUGUGCUAGUGGGUGAGGUGGACUUCCUGGAUAAACCCUUUGUAGCCUUUGUCCGCCUGGCACAGGCCACCACUCUGGGAGGACUUACAGAGGUUCCUGUGCCCACCAGGUUCCUGUUUAUUCUGUUGGGGCCCACAGGAAAAGCCAAGUCCUAUAAUCAGAUCGGUCGAGCCAUAGCUACUCUAAUGGUGGAUGAUCUCUUUAGUGAUGUGGCGUACAAGGCUAGAGAUCGAGAGGAUCUGAUUGCAGGUAUAGAUGAGUUCUUGGAUGAGGUGAUCGUGCUGCCGCCCGGCGAGUGGGACCCCAAAAUCCGUAUCGAGCCACCUAAGAAGGUGCCCACGGCUGACAAGAGGAAGUCAGUGUACUCUCUGAAUGAGCUGGGUCAGCCGAACGGUACGGCGGGAGGAAGUGGAGGCCACGCUGAGGAUGAGGAGAUGCCAGUGGCUCACGAACUGGGAGAGGAGCUGGCACACACUGGGAGGUUCUGUGGAGGUCUGUUCCUGGACAUCAAGAGAAAGCUGCCCUGGUUUCCUAGUGACUUCUACGAAGGCUUCCACAUCCAGUCCAUCUCUGCAGUCCUCUUCAUCUACCUGGGCUGCAUAACCAAUGCCAUCACCUUUGGAGGCCUGCUGGGGGAUGCCACAGACAACUAUCAGGGUGUGAUGGAGAGUUUCCUGGGCACAGCGUUGUCAGGAACAGUGUUCUGUAUGUUUAGUGGUCAGCCCCUCAUCAUCCUUAGCUCCACUGGACCCAUCCUCAUCUUCGAGAAACUGCUCUUCGAAUUCAGCAAGAACAACGGUAUAGACUACAUGGAACUGCGUCUGUGGAUAGGGAUCCACUCCUGUAUCCAGUGCUUCCUCCUGGUCGCCACGGACGCCAGCUACAUCAUCAAGUACAUGACCCGCUUCACAGAGGAGGGCUUCUCCAGCCUCAUCUCCUUCAUCUUCAUCUCUGACGCCAUCAAGAAGAUGAUGGGCUCUUUCAAGUACUAUCCCAUCAACACCGACUUCAAGCCAGACUACGUCACUGCCUACAAGUGCGAGUGCCUGGCCCCAGACCCCAUGGCUUCAAUGAUCUUCAAUGGUUUAGUGCCAGUGCCAACUGAUAACACCUCUAGUCUCUUUGGAUUGAACAUCACAGACCUGGACUGGAGCCAGCUCAGUAAGAAGGAGUGUGUGAAGUAUGGAGGCUCUCUGGUGGGCAACACCUGUAAGUACGUCCCUGACCUGGCCCUCAUGUCCUUCAUCCUGUUCUUCGGGACCUACUCCAUGACCGUCUCCCUCAAGAAGUUCAAGUUUAGCCGCUACUUUCCUACCAAGCUGCGGAAGCUCAUCAGUGACUUCUCCAUCUUCAUGGCCAUUAUGACCUUUGUGGGUCUGGACAGAUUGAUCGGGCUCAAAACCCCCAAGCUCAUCGUUCCCACAGAGUUUAAGCCCACACGUCCAGACCGGGGUUGGAUAGUGCUGCCGUUUGGGAAGAACCCAUGGUGGGUGUAUUUGGCCAGCUUUGUCCCUGCUCUCCUGGUCACCAUCCUCAUCUUCAUGGACCAGCAGAUUAGUGCUGUCAUUGUCAACCGGAAGGAAAACAAACUGAGGAAAGGGUGUGGCUACCACCUGGACCUGUUCUGGGUGGGGGUGCUGAUGGCUGUCUGCUCCUUCUUGGGCCUGCCCUGGUAUGUGGCUGCCACUGUCAUCUCCAUCGCACACAUCGACUCGCUGAAGAUGGAAAGUGAGUCCAGCGCCCCUGGAGAGCAGCCCCAGUUCCUGGGUGUCAGGGAGCAGAGACUGACGGGGAUUCUGGUGUUUGUUCUCACUGGAGUCUCUAUCUUCCUGGCUCCCAUUCUACAGUUCAUACCCAUGCCAGUACUUUACGGUGUGUUUCUCUACAUGGGCGUGGCAUCUCUUAGCGGCAUUCAGUUCUGGGAGAGGAUCAAGUUGUACAUGAUGCCGUCCAAGUACCAGCCUGACUUCCCUUUCCUGCGUCAUGUGCCUCUGAGGAGGGUCCACCUCUUCACUCUGGUCCAGAUAAUCUGUCUGACUGUCCUUUGGGUUCUCAAGUCCACCGUCCUGGCCAUCCUCUUCCCUGUCAUGAUCCUGGGGUUGCUGGUGGUGCGUAAGAUGCUGGACAUGGUGUUCUCUCAACACGACCUGGCCUGGGUAGAUGAUAUCCUGCCUGGGAAAGACAAGAAGGAUAAGAAGAAGAAGGGCGAUAAAGAUGACACGAAGAAGAAAGACAAGAAGAAAGGCAGAGCAGACGACAGCAAAGACAAGUACCACGCUUACUCCAACUGCUCGCCCAACUCUGAGUCUGACCUGGACCGCAGCAUCACCCUGCAUCUGAAGAUCUCCUGUCCCUCGUCCCCGACGGUCCCUAUGGCCCAUGGCCGUGGCAUGGCCUUCCCCGUGCCCCAGGUGAAGAUCGAGAUGGAGUCGGACUAGGACACGGACACUGAUCACCCCCGCCACAGGGACUUGGUCAGCGAAAACAACGCUUUAGGCGAUUGACAGACAGAGUUGUCACCUGUAGGCACUGACUGCAGUGUGACAGAGCACAGGCAAACGUGGGUCCACAGCGGACUCUGUACAUUACAUAGACGUAAAAUGCUGACCCACUUACACACCAAGACUCGUCUAGAAUGCCUGCAAGGUGGCGUGGACUAACAGCUGACAGCAUAUGACACCUAACAUAAAUAAAUGAACUGGGAAUACAACAUGCACAUGGAGCAGUACAUUUCACAUAGCUGUCAAUUUCAAUGUGUCCAAAAUCCCAGCAACAGUUUCUGCUUUUAAACUAGGAGGCUCUUUGCUGAACUGUCAUGGACAUCUCUGUUGAGAACAUGUUGACUGUAUAAUUUUCAGGAUAUGCAUAAGUUUAGAAACACAAUGGAGGGAUAUAGGAGAAAGGUGAGUGAAGGAUCUUGUCUGUGCUGUAUAUGAGAGUAUUUUGUGUCAAGAUAUUUAUUUAGAUUAUAAAAGUAUAUAGUAUGUAUUUUUCACUGUUCAUACAGAUAUAUAUAUAUAUAGUAAGUAUGAAAUGUGAGGUCCAGAAUAACUUGAAGUGAAAUCCAGAAUUUCAAUGUCAGUAAAAAUGGCCUGCCUUUUCAUGUGAUAAAUGAGUUCUUGAAUAUC